AGUUUCCAGCGUCUCUUAGGAGAGGACUUCCACCGCAUCGAUCGUCUUCUUCGGGAAAGAUGAAAUCCCGAUGGAACGCAGUGGUGACUAUCAUCCUGAUAGUUCAGUUCCAGGCUAUCGUUAUCCACACGAAAGCCAUUAUCGAUCAGAAGGCGGAAGAAACCCACAACAUUAACAUACCAGAACCAGUGCAAAAGCGUGUCGGCUAUGAUUACCCAGCCCCGGAGGCACCUAUAGCGUUUGAUGAGCAUCAACACCACAUUGCUGAACCAUUGCCAUUGUUGCAACAUGAAACAUUGCUCGAACACGAACACGAAGACCACCAUCACCACUAUGAAGAUCACCAUCAUCAUGAAGAUCACCAUGAUCCAGGCUACUGGAAAAAGAAACUGAUCUGGAAAGAGGGUUGGAAAAAGAUAUGGAAACCUGGCAAAAAACAAAUUUGGAAACCGGAUUGGAAAAAGAUUUGGAAACCAAUCUGGGUACCGACGGAAAUCCCUAUAUGGAAGGAUAUUCAGAUUCCCGCUUGGAAGCAGAUCUGGAAACCGGUGUGGAACGAGAUACAAGUCCCGGCGUGGAAGGAAAUACAGGUGCCGGAUUGGAAAAAAAUUUGGAAACCUAUCUGGGUGCCGAUUAAAGUUCCCGCCUGGAAGGAAAUACAAGUACCCGCAUGGAAACAGAUUUGGAAGCCAGUAUGGAAGGAAAUACAGGUACCAGACUGGAAGGAAGUACAUGUCCCCGCGUGGAAACAGUACUGGUACCCAGAAUGGAUAAAAGUUGGCGUUCCGGGUGAAAAAUAUCUCGGUAAAGAUCACGAUGGCUGGGAAUACACCAGCCACGAUCUGUGGAAGAAGAAGCUUGUGUGGAAAUCUGGAUGGAAGAAGAUUUGGAAAACCGAACAGAAGCAAAUCUGGAGAACCGAGAAAAAAUUGGAAUGGAAGGCGGCCUGGAAGCAGAUUUGGCAUCCGGCCAAAAAACAGGUAUGGGUAGAGGACAAAAAGCUUGGUUGGAAGGAAGCUUGGAAACAAAUCUGGCGAACGGAAAAGAAGCAAAUUUGGGUACCGGAGAAAAAGCUCGCCUGGAAGGCCGCCUGGGUGCAAAUUUGGAAGCCUAGCAAAAAGCUAGUUUGGGUGCCGGAUAAGAAACUGGAAUGGAAGGAAGCAUGGAAACAAAUAUGGGUACCAGAUUGGAAGGAAAUUUGGUUGCCUGCCUGGAAAAAGAUCUGGAAACCGGUAUGGAUAUCGGAAUGGUUCCCCUCGCCCGAUCAUCAUGACCAUCAUCAUCACGAAGAAGUUGAGCACGGUUGGGACCGAAAGGAUGGAUCAAAUCCUAAGAUUUUAUUCAAACGCAGUGAAGUAGAGACCGCCCAAUCGAAGGCUGUAGAAGAUCAGCUACCAGCAGUGUCUGCAAAUAUUACUCCAGCGGUCGUGAAGACGGACAGCACAGAGCACAAAUCUGAUUUUCGGUUUCCUUCUUAAUUACCCAUACCGCUACGAACGGUUAGCCAGUUAAGCAAUUCCAAACAAAAAGUCAAAUAAUUUGUAGAUUAGAAUGUUACUUCCGUAUAUUUAAUUUUUUUAAAACCAACACCACGUAGUAAUACGCGAUAGGUAUAUUCUGCGAACAAAGAGCCACAACAACGUUGCGUUUGAUAUAUUAUCGAUCUUUGCCAUUUUAGUAAAACAUCUCGAACAUACACUCUAGCAGUGGAGAACAAUGCAUGUUAAAUUGUUUGUCUACAGCUGUUAUCUUUUUCUGCACAUGUUACACUGAUUCGUAUUACGAUAAUAUAGCCCAUUAAAUGCAGUUCAUUGCUCUGAUUAUGGUUCUUACGAAUGCCUGAAGUAAUGUUGUGAUACUGUUAAACGUGAAUUAAACUAUUAAAAAAAGGAAAA